GAAUCCCGAGGGGCUCUUGUCUUUCAUAACUUAAGCUCGUCUUUUCUUUUCUAUCCUGUGCUCCCAAACCGGCCAUAAGGACGCUAAACCCUAGCGUGGAAACUACUGCGCCUGUUCUACCUUCCCUUCCCACCGAAAAACACCUUAUUUCCGCGAAAAACAGAAAGCAGGAGGCAGGACUUGGUGAUAAUUAGUCCUCUCACUCCCUAUUACUCACGGAAUUUGUUUUUUUUUCCCCCCGAAAACAGAGGCAAAGGCAGGACGGUGGAGCUGGGAUUGACUUUGGAUUGAUAGUUGGAAUCUGGACCUCAUUUUCGUAGUCUGCCAAAACAAGGAGUUGAUCGUGCUGAUCGAGUAGUCCCCAUGGGUGACACAGUGAACAUGCAGUGGGUAUUUCUGGUGAUGGGAGUUUCUUUUGCCACCGUUAGCACUUCCCUGCAAGCUGCCCAAAUUCCUGGCCCUCUCCCUGCCAUCUUUCAUUGGUUCUACCUGGCAGUGGAGCUGGCCUUUUUGGCUGUUUUAGUAUCUAGUUACCUACAACGCCCUUACCCCAAUGCUUCUCGUCUCAUUCAGCACCUUGCAGUCCUCUUUGGCGCUGUUGCCUUUAUACUGGCCGUCUCAACACCUUUCCUCCACCCCCCACUGAAGCCGUUAUCCCACAAGCUCCUUCUCAUUGCUUUUCUCAUAAUAAUCCUUGCCAAUCGUUAUAUUAGUUUCUGGGCUUAACAUAACAUGGUGCUGAUCGUUUCCCGCCUUGAUGACUCACGAAUUGUCCUACCAAGUUAAGAUCUGCCUUUUCAGUUUUAAAAUUCUCAGUUUUGCUGAGAAGAAGUGUUGUUGUUUUAUAUGCAUUGUACAACGAAACAGGGCAAACAGAGACGAUUGUGGUGGUGGUGGUGUUGUUGGAAAUAUAUGUUGAUCGUGUAAUUUGUUUGAUGACUAGUACUAUAAUCAACUGAAAUGAAAUGAUGUUUUAUGAUUCCUGUGUUUA